AUGCCGGAUAGCUCACAAGCCCCGAAUGUGAAGACUCCCAAACUGCGCACAAAGACUUUCACGGGUUGCUGGACUUGCCGGACCCGCAGGGUCAAGUGCGAUGACGAGCGGCCCCAUUGCCGUCGCUGUCGCCGAAGCGGCUGGCACUGUCAGGGGUAUGGCCUGCGCCUAGGAUGGUCCCAAACACCGGGGACUCGAUCUCAACGGCGGCAGAUAUGGUUGUCUGCUCCACAAUCAACGCUCGACUUGUCCUCGGCGGCCGUGACGGCCCUUUUAGCAGAACUGGAUGAAUGGUCCGACGAUGGCUCGUCUCGACAAAGAGGGCCUUUCACGGUAUUCUCCACCUCUAGCCCUACAUCGGUUGAUCCCAAACCUACGGAGACUACGGAGAGAAAUCGUUCGAACUCAUCGCCGUCGCAUACUCCGGAGGAUGCAGACGUUGCUAUUGAUCGAUGCAUUUCAAUCCCCGUCCUGCCGAGUCGGUCGACUAGUAGCAGUGAAUCCAGCACUGAGCUGUGGGGAGAACCAGAGGUUCCGACUUCUACAAGGACUCUUUCAUCAAAAUCCAGCUCUGAGAAAUGGUCUUCGCCCAUGCCUUCCGAGUCUCCCAGUUCAAGUGACAAUGGUCGGCCCAAUGUGGUCUCGCUAGCUGAUCGCCAAAAUCCUCACAUGGACUAUCCUCCUGAUGAGAGUCAGCACAAAGACCUCAUAUCGAUACCAUCACUAGCAAGAAACAUACCUCCUUCGAUGGCCUUCAAUCCCAUAAAGCUUCCAAGACCGGAGACAGAACUGGUUCACCACUGGGUAGUCUUUCUGAGCGGCAGCAUGUUGCUGAUCGACACCCCCGAUAAUCCCUGCAGAACGAUCUUCAUGCCAAUGGCUCUCAAAGGUCUUGAUGCGGCACCAAACGGGUCCAACAUUCAUCUCUCUAUAUUCCAUGCUAUAUGUGCCUCCUCAGCCUUCAGCCUUUUUCACCUGCGCCGAGAUCCACGGUAUCAAUCCGUGGCCAUGUAUCAUGACCAUCUGGCUCUGCGUCAUUUGCGCCAAAAUCUGCAACAAGCUAAGCGAUUGGAUGAGCCCACACUAGCUGCUGUGCUUACCUGCAUCACCGCCGAAGCAAUGUCCGGACGGAGAAGCCGAUGGAGAACUCAUGUUGCCGGUGGACUCGGUCUAUUAGAAAACGAGGUCCAUGGAGGCUGGGUCCCGGGACCGAUAGCUUCGCGUCUCCUACAAAGCUAUCUGUCACUUUCUUCGCUCUGCAGUCUACCCCUCUCGUCACAGCUGAUGUCCUUAUUGAACGGGUCAUCAGAUCUACGGCACUACUUAGAACGGUCGCACGGUAUUACUGCACCUCUGGUCCAGUUCCUGGCACACAUUACCUCCCUCGCAGAAUCACCUCAUAAAAUAUCAAUGGAUAAACUGGAUCAUCUCGAGUUGCAACUCUAUCUCAACUUCCCGUCCUUGUCGACACCCGAUGCGCCCGGGUCGACCAUCAUCCAACACGCGCUCAAUUCUUUCUACUAUGCCACUAUCAUCUAUUUCCGUCGAACACUACGUCAUGCGCCACUCUGUGAGAUUCAAGAUCUCGUCGAGAAAGCCAUUCACGAGCUGGAGGCCGUGGACUCAAUAAGUGACGACAAAGGGGGCUGUGCCUAUAAUUGGGCCAGUUUUGUGGUCGCUGCCGAGUGCCAAAGGGAGGAUCUCCGAGCUCGCAUGCUGGCUUCAUUCGACCGGAAAAUCCGUCAUGGCAUUCAAAAUAUCAACAUCCUUGGUGAGAUUGUUCGAGAGCUCUGGCAGAGACGUGCGAAGACCCCGGAUAGGGAUAUUCACUGGCAAGAGAUUGCGAAAGAGGCAGACUUUGACAUUAUGCUCGUAUAG